AUGAGCCAAAGAUGGACCUUUGAGCUCCGACCCCGGGAGAACGUUUGCGCUGAAGCCAGCAUUCUGGGACUGAUAGUCGGGAAUGGUGACAAGAACCUGAACUUUCGAGCAGGGCAAGGCCCGAAGAAUCGAGGGAUGAGCAUCACCCUGCAGCGGCUAUGUGCCACUUUUGCGUCUUUGAGCACGUGUUUGCAACGAUCGAGGCAACAGGCGAGAGGAUUUAUGAGAUGCAUCGAGCACAUCAGACAUUGCAAAGAUCUAGCGGAGCUCAUUAGCAUCCAGCGGGAUCUUUCGUGCUGCUUGGACGAUGUUUAUGCGGCGAAUCUAAUGAUCCAAGCGUAUGGCAAGGUUGGAAGGCCAGACUAUGCUCGCCAGGUAUUCGAUUCCAUCGCCAACGACCGAAACGUCUUCUCGUGGAGCUUGAUGCUCUCGGCCUAUGCCCAGAACGGGCACCUCCAGCAUGCCAGGGAGAUAUUCGACGCAAUGCGAGAGACGAAUCUCGUGGAGUGGAACACAAUGCUCUCAGCAUAUUCUCAAACUGGGAAUCUUGCGGAUGUCCAGGGAAUUUUCUUCCAGAUGCCGGAACGCAACAUCAUCUCGUGGAAUUCUUUGCUUUCUGCAUAUGCCCGGGCGGGGCAUAUGCAAGUGGCGUUUGAGAUCUUUGACAGCAUGCGAGAAUGGAGUCUAGUUUCGUGGACGGCACUUUUGUCAGCGCCUGUGCAACACCGUGACUGCAAGCUUGCGUGUUUUGUUUUCUCGUCAAUGCCCGAGUGGAACAUGUUUUCUUGGAAUUUGAUGCUUUCUGCGUAUUCCCAGGCGCAUGGUGUUCACAAAGCCGAGAAGUUUUUCCAAUCGAUGCCCGAGUGGAAUGUGGUGUCGUGGAAUACAAUGCUCGCUGCUUACACCUCCGAUGGUUUGAUUUCUAAGGCAAGAGAGUUUUUGCAUAGACUAGAGGAGCGAAACAUUGCCACAUGGAACACCAUGCUGUCAGGAUUUGCCCAGGUUGGGGAUGUGUACAAGGCCGAGCAGACUUUUCAAGAGAUGACGGAGCGGAAUUUGAUAACCUGGACAACGAUGUUAUCUGUCUAUACGGAAAACUCUAGGUUAGAGCAAGCAAGAAAUGUUCUAUGUUCAAUGCCGGAAUGGAAUUUACCGGCUUGGAACACCAUGCUUACAGCGUAUGCCGCAUCAGGGCAUAUGCACCAUGCAAGAGAAUUGUUUGCUAGAAUUGGCGGUAGCAACAUUGUGACAUGGACUGCCAUGCUCUUAGGCUACGGUCAAACGUUGAAUACCGAUAAAGCAAGGGAUUGUUUCCAAAGAAUGCCGGCAUGGAACAACGUCGCGUGGAAUUCCAUGCUGGCGGUGUAUGCCAACUCUUUUCAUUUGUCACAAGCAAAAGCUUUGUUUGAUUCAAUGCCAAUGCCGGACACAGUCUCGUGGACCACUCUUCUCGUUGCUUAUGCAAAGCUGGGUCAUGUCGAGGAGGCCGAGCAAAUGUUUCGCAGUAUAAAGGAAAAGGAUCUUAUCGCGUGGAACGCGAUGCUCGCAGCAUAUGCCUUAAACGGCUAUUUUGCUCGGGCUGCACAUAUCUUCGUCGCGGAGAUGGUCGAAAGGGAUAUUGUGUCGUGGAACGUGAUGGUGUACAUGCGAGGGCUGAACGGACAGACCCAGCAAUCCACAAAGUUGUUCCAAUCAUCCCCAGCAAGGGACAUCGUGUCAUGGACUGCGUUGUUGGGUGGAUUUGCACAGAACAAGCAGCCGCACCAGUUGAUCCAGCUCUUCCACUUCAUGAAACUCACGAUAUCUCCAGACGACGCAUGUUUCGCCAGCAUCCUACUCGCAUUUACCCACACGGGGGAUCUGGAGGGUGGUCGCGGCUGCUUCCGCUCGAUGACAAUGGAUUUCGGCAUCGCCGCAACCAAGCAGCACUACUGCUGCCUGGUGGAUCUUCUCGGCCGCUCGGGAUACUUGCAGCAAGCGGAGGAGCUCAUCCGCUCAAUGCCGUACUCGCCCGAUCUCCUCGACUGGAUGAGCUUGCUGGGAUCGUCCCGGAGCCACGGGGAUCCCGAGCGAGCAGCAGCGGCGGCGAAGAUGGUGUUGGAGCUGGAGCCAAGAAACGCAGCCGCAUUUGUGCUGCUUGCAAACGAAUCAAGCACAAGAAUCUUUGGUAGAACAACUGAGAGUAUUAAAAAGCCACACUUUGCCUUGUGA